AUGUCCGGCUGCGCUCGAGCUCCUAACCGCCAACCAACGCCGGCGACGGCGGCCACCGCCGGUGGCACCCAGAUCCUGCCGCCGCUGAGGCGUCACCUCGCGUUUGAGUCGACGAAGCCGCAGCCCUUCCCUCCGGACAAUUACCAUCGAUUUGCUGGAGGUGCUCGCAGAGUUGGUGACCAAGAACCUGAAGCUAUUCAUGUUCGAUCUCCUCAACUUACACGGAAGGAUAAUAAUGAAGUUGAGUACAGUGAUUGGACUAGCAGUCCUGGAUAUACUAAUGUCGUUCAGAGUCCCCUUCAGACUCCCGUGUCUACAAAAGGGGGAAGGAUAAACAAUAGGUCAAAGGCGUCAAAGGGCAAUAGAUCUGGGCCUCAGACACCUGUAUCAAAUGCUGGCUCCCCUUCUCCUCUUACUCCAGCUGGCAGCUGUCGUUAUGACAGUUCUUUAGGUCUGUUGACAAAGAAAUUCAUCAAUUUGAUUAAGCAUGCAGAGGAUGGAAUUCUUGAUCUAAACAAAGCAGCAGAAACUUUGGAGGUUCAGAAGAGGCGGAUAUAUGACAUUACAAACGUCUUGGAAGGCAUAGGUCUAAUUGAAAAGAAGCUCAAGAACAGAAUACGUUGGAAGGGAUUUGAUGCUUCAAGGCCAGGGGAGUUGGAUGGUGAUCUCUCUAUACUACAGGCAGAAGUUGAAAACCUAUCCUUAAAAGAGCGCACAUUAGAUGACCAAAUAAGAGAGAUGCAGGAAAAGUUGAGGGAUUUGAGUGAAGAUGAAAACAACCGAAAAUGGCUGUUUGUCACUGAAGAAGACAUUAAAGCCCUACCUUGCUUCCACAAUGAAACCCUGAUAGCAAUUAAAGCUCCACAUGGAACCACCUUGGAAGUCCCGGAUCCUGAUGAAGCAGUUGACUAUCCACAGAGGAGAUACAGGAUCAUACUUAGAAGCACAAUGGGACCCAUUGAUGUCUACCUUGUCAGUCAAUUUGAGGAGAAGUUUGAGGAUAUAAAUGGCGCUGAGCCACCUGUGAGUUUCCCAAUUGCUUCUGGUUCUGGGUCCAACGAACACCCAACAACAGAAGUGAUCACUGUGGAGAGCAGUGGAAAGGAAAUUGAACCUUGGGCACAACAGGCUGAUCAAACGUGCUCUGAUAUUAACGCUUCUCAGGAGUUUGCUGGGGGAAUGAUGAAGAUUGUCCCCUCUGAUGUUGAUAAUGAUGCAGACUACUGGCUUUUGUCUGAUGCUGAAGUUAGCAUUACAGAUAUGUGGAGAACGGAUUCUGUUGGAGUAAUCAGUUCCUUCACCAUGACAACUAUAGCUGGUGUUGGAUGGAAUGGGGCAGACAUUCUACACUCCGACUUUGGAGUUUCUGAUGUUAGUAUAACAAGGCCACAAACUCCCCCAUCUGGGAUUGCUGAAAUUCCACCUCAUGCUGUAAACUUCUCUCAAAGGUGA